AUGACACUAUGCUGGGCUGUUAUUUCCUUUCCCCAUCUAGUAUUAUACUCUUUUAAUUUCGUAGCACUGACUGAUGAAAAUAAUAUGAUGUGUUUUACAUGUGGAAUUAAAGGAUUGGGCGUUGCUGUGGUAAUCACGUGGGCUGAUGAUAGGAGGAAAGGAAACGGGUUUAAGGAAUUUAACGUAAAACACGCGUGUCGUCUGUCAAAUUUAACUGCUGUGGUAUACACCUCUAAUGACCUCAAGGCAACCAACCAAAAUGGUCUAUCAAAGCCAAUAAUCUGGCAAUAA